AUUACACAAUAUUCCUGAAAAAUGUAAGAAUGUAAUAAAAUGUAUCACAAAGGCAUACCUUUCGCCGAACAUAACUUCGGCCCCUUUCAACAUAUCUUUUUCAUAAUAGUCUUGUUCGAAUCACAAUCCAAAACACUAUUUAGAGUGUUAUUUUCAAGCUUGUAUCAACAGAUUUGCAUCUUUUAUUUUCGGAAUUUCAAAAUAUCUAAAUUUUACGCGAGAGCUUCGACGGCGGUUCGACCGGAAAUACACUUUAGAUCUGCCAAAACAUUGCGUUGUUUAAAUCCUAUCGCUCGGGAAACGUCGGAAAUCGAUUCUAAAGGUCAAAUUACACCUGCAGCGUGAUUUGCACGUGUAUUGGGCUACGGGUGCUCCUUAUUGGCCAAUUUUAGCAUGUGGUGGGCGCGUGCGAGUAAAAACCGGUAAAAACCCGAUAUUUUGAAAAAAUCAAAAUAAAUAUAUUUCUACUGGCCGUAUUCAAAUGAAAUUUUCCACACGAAAGCGCUUGAAUACAAGGAGUAUUUCACUCAGAUUGAGUUCAAGAGAUAUUCAAGAUUUUCUGGAUAUGAAAUACAGAAUAUUUGGCAAAGCGGUGAGUAAAAUACACAACUGUUUUGGUUUGUGUAAUGUUAUAACGGCAUUUGACCCCCCGUUCGAAAGGCUAUUUUACGAGGAUUUCAACGGUGGUUUCCAUUUUAAAGGGGGGUAAAUACUCUUUGAGAUAUUUACAUCGGAAGCAAUCGAAUGAAAAAUAUGAAAUUUAUCGCCGGACAAUAAAGAGUUAAACUAACAGGAGUAUUAGCACAGGUCUUCAUGAUAUGGUGGGAUAGUGAAUUCGCCAACAGGUUAGAUAACCUUGGAAUAGUGCAGAAGUUGAACGAGAGGUAUGUAGAUCAAUAUAGCGGGUACAAGCCACAAAGCUGGGACUGAGGUACAAGGAAGGCAAGCUUUUCACAGAUGAGACUAGCAUUGAUGAAGACCAAGGAAUGAGUGCUGAUAAAAGAACAAUGAACCUCAUCAAGCAGUGAGAGAUGACUUUCACCCCUCUAUUAGACUGGAGAUAGAUUACCCCUCGAAACAUGAACAUGGAAAACUACCUAUACUAGAUUUGAAAGUUUGGGUAGAGGACAGAGAGAAAGUCAACAAUAUUGUACGAAUACUACGAAUACUACAGAAAGGAUGUUGCUUCAAAAGUGGUAAUUAAUGUCAGGUCAGCACUGUCGUGGAGUACAAAGAGAACAGUACUGACACAGGAAGUGCUGAGAGUGUUGCUAAACUGCAGUAAGUUAAUACCGUGGGAGAACAUUGUGCAAAUGGUUCAGGAAAUGGUAUUGAGAAUGCAGUAUUCGGGGUACAGCAAGAAGUUUCGAUGAGGUGGUAGACUCGGCGCUCAAGACAUACAGAGUAAGGCAAGACGAGGAGAAGGAAGGAGUAAGACCGAUGCAUAGACCUAAGAGUUGGAAUAAGAAUGAACGAGAAGAGGCGAAGGAUAUGGAAGAAGGAGAAUUGGUACAAGAAAAAUGGUGAUGAAUCUGUAAUAUUUGUGCCACCAACACCAGGGAUCAGAGUUGCAGAGGAGAUAUCAAAGAGAAAUUAAGAGACAAGGGUUUAAGAUCAAGGUAGUGGAGAAGUCAGGUGCCACCCUCAAACAUAUGUUACAGAAGUUGGAUCCAUGUAGAUCGCCAACAUGUAACAGAAUUAACUGCCGUACAGAAGGGAAAGGAAAGUGUGAUCGAGAAGGAGUCACCUAUGAAACUA